AAAAGCUACUGCUCUGUUUCAGUUGAGUUCAGAAACUCAACAACUGAAGUUUCAUCCCAGUGAAGUUUUUAUCCCGUCGACGUGCCGAACAACCACAACAUGAUCCAACGGUGUGUUGUGUUGCUGCUCAUUGCUCUUGCAGCUCUCUCUUUCGCAGCUCCAGUCCCAGAAGGAACAACAGCGGAUGACACUGAAGACUCUGUGGCUGAUGCAGAAAGUGAAGACAACAGUGACGCCAACUCAAACGAAAGCGUGAACACUGGCGCUGAAUCUGCGGCUGACGCUGACAGUGACGCUGACAUUGACACUGAUGCUGACGCUGACAGUGACAGUGACACUGACGCUGACAGUGAGGCUGACGCUGACGCUGACAGUGACACUGACGCUGACGCUGACAGUGACACUGACGCUGACAGUGAGGCUGACACUGACGCUGACACUGAGACUAACGCUGACUCUGAGGCUGACGCUGACAGUGAGGCUGACACUGACUCUGAGGCUGACUCUAAGACAGACUCUGAGGCUGAGGUUGACUCUAAGGCAGACUCUGAGGCUGAGGCUGAGGCUGACUCUAAGACAGACUCGGAGGCUGAGGUUGACUCUAAGGCAGACUCUGAGGCUGAGGCUGAGGCUGACUCUCAGGCUGACUCUAAGGCUGAGGUUACCACAGCAGAAGAGGAUGAUAGCAAUGACGACAGCCUGACUCUGGACGACUUAGAGGAGGACUUGAAGGAAGGCAGCGAGGAACCAGAGGGGGGGGAACAAGAGGGGAUUACAGACAAAGACAGGUCAGAGGAGGUUGAACCAGCAGAGGUUGAGCAGGUGAUCACAGACGAAGACACGUCAGAGGAGGUGGAACCAGCAGAGGGUGAGCAGGUGAUCCACAGACGAAGACACGUCAAGGGAGUGGAACCAGCAGAGGGUGAGCAGGAGGUGAUUACAGAUGAAGACAUGUCAGAGGAGGUGGAACCAGUAGAGGGUGAGCAGGAAGUGAUCACAGACAAAGACAACAGUGACGUGGACGAUGACAGCGUGAUCGAGGACACAGACAUUGAAAACCUGAGUGAUGGAGACAGUGAGACUGACAUUGACAGUGAAACUGAGCCUGACAUUCAGGAUGACAGUGACAUGCUGGACUCUGGGGUCACAGAGGAGGAAGAGGAGGUGAACGAUGACGACUCUGCAAAGACAGAUAAUGAGGAGAAUGAGGAGCAGAGUCUAGACAGUCUCGACUCCACUGAAGCAACACCAGCCGACCAACCAGACCAACCAGACCAACCGGACCAGUCUGACUCCACGGCUGCCCCCACAGACACCAUGAUAUAAACUCUUGGCCUCUGAACUGUGGAAGCUCAGCGACUCCAGAGCCAACCCCACAGUGAAAUACAGUUGCCAUGACAACAUCAUCAGCAACAACAACAACAACAAGCUAAACUGCAAAUAAACCUGUAGCUUCCUGUUUGUUUUCGCUCCUCAGCUCAUUCCUGAUUGGUUGUCUCCAUAUUCUUCAAACUCUGGCUGCUUUAGUUUUCCACCAAUCAGCCGUCUGCAUGUUUAAUGUGUGUUACUGUCUGCCUGUCUGUCUGCCUGCCUGCAGUCUGCCUGCCUGCUGAUCUGAGAUCUGCUCUGUUUACACAUUGAAGUGUACAUACAUUAAUGACUGUCCACAGAGGAACUGCUAAUAAAGUUUGAACUGUCAAAA